AACAAAAAAAAAAUAUAAACAAAAAGUAGGUGUGACAGUGACAUUAAUUUUCAAAACUUUCGCUUUUAAACAACAAUUAUACAAAAAAGAAACAUUUAUUUAGGACAAGUUAUUUAAUAGGAAACACGCAUUAUUCAAUACUAUGUCAGACUCGGCUUCAGUCAUGGGUGACUUAGAUAUGCUGCACAGUUUAUACGACUUUAAGGCCACCUACGCGAAAACAAUUAGCUUUAAAGCGAACGACUUCUUCAUCUUACAGCAGACGAACACGAAACACAAAAACUGGUGGGAAGUGAUAAACGAAAGGGGCGACCUGGGUUACAUUCCAUCCAACUAUGUAGAAACUGUCACGGUCAGUCCCACGUUUUAUGUGAAAUUUUUAGAGAACGCCUUGGAGAACAUUAAGAGGAAAGACAACGAAAUUAUGGCAGUGGAAAAGAGGAAUGACAUUAUAGUACGUUUGAAGGAACUGAGGAAACAGGUGGAACAAAUACCGGAACGUCAAAACACAAUUAAUAACGAGGAAAGGUUUGAGGGAGAUGUCAAAUUUAAGAGUUACCGAUCGCAUUCUAUAGAGGAACCCAUUAAGCCGGUGACGAAAAGCAUGGAGAGUAUUCAGAAGAGUAUCGAGAACAUUCACGAGGAGGUUAAGUCUGAAAUCUAUGAUGCCAAAAGAUCUGAACAAUAUGAAUCAUCUAAAAAAUCAUCUGAUAUGAAUUGCUCGUCAGUAACACCAGUGAUAACCGCACAGUCAGUAUAUGAUUUAGUAGAGAGUGUCAGGAUUAACACGAAUUUAUCACAUGAAAUGUCCAGGAUUGCCGUUGAGACAGUGAUUCAGGGAUUACAUGAGCUUUUACCAGCAUCAAUUUUUCCAUAUUUAAGCACAAUUUUAUCACACUCCCAGUCGUGCCUGGUCGUAGACGAUGGACAAAUCGAACAAACCCACGACGCGAGUCGCUUAAAAAUCAUCUUCAACGAACUGACCAGUUGCAAGGAGGAUUCGCAGCAGCGCAGCUGGAUGUUGCACGAGGACGAAAUCGUUAUUAAAGAAUACAUCACCGAACUUAUAUCUAUACUGUCCAACGCGGACACAAGCAUAUCACGUCACGUGAUAUCGUCCGAUCAGUAUCACGUGAUAACCACCCUGAUCCAGUAUUAUCAGAUGGAGGUCAGGUGGUCGAUUAGGCAAUUAUUACUGCAAGCCUUCGGGGUGUUAUGCAGUUUAGAUAAAACCGUUAUUAGUAUCAUGCUGAAUUCGGUGCUGCCCGGUGAAUUAGCCAGGGAUAUGAUGGCGAAUCCACGGAACAUUCCCAAACUUAAUUAUUCCUCUUUGCUGUUGACCAUGGUGUUUUCAAUGGGGGAAUCUAUGCCCGUUACAAAUCUAGAAUAUUUAGGGCAAAAUUUCCUGGCGUUUAUCCUGGAUAACAUCGAGUCGCCCCCCGAUACGGACCUGGACGAGCAAAUUCCCGAUUUGUUCCUAAACCUGAUCAUCUCCUUUAAUUUACAAUUUGACGACGAAAACACAAAUCCGGUGCUGAUCGCUUUAGAGUACCGGCAAACGGCCAAAACGUUCUGCGAGAAAAUCUUGUUGCUACUGAACAGGGAAGAGGAUCCGAUAAGGAUUUUCGACCAUCAGCCGGCCCCACCGCAUUCCUUAUUAAAACUGUUUAAGGACUUAUUUAGUCGACAUACCACGGCCGAUUUGUUUUAUACCAACGAUACCAAAGUGCUUAUUGACAUCAUAGUUAGGAAUAUCGCGGAUAUUUCACCCGGCGAUAUGAAACGCCACGACUAUUUAAACCUCUGUCGCCUCGUGUUGCGCAACACGAAUUACCACGAGCACCGACAUCGCAUCGAGGACAUCCUCAAGUGUUUCACCCGGAUUUUCUGUGAGGAGGGCACCAUGAGCAGACGCGAUCAACAUCUGGUCAAGGAGAUUUUCACCGAAUUUCCGCUGUAUUUCAAGUGAAAACGUCAUAUAUCAGGUUCAUACUAUAUGGGAAUAAUACCCUCCUCCACCCAGUAUGUGAAUCUUGUAUAUAGUUCGUUUUGUGAUACGAUUGUUGCUCUCGCUCACUCGUAGUCAGUUGUUUGAAUGCGUUUUUCUCACUCUUAUAAUAUACGGACCAUUUUAGCGAGGAAAAGUGUCAUGUGAUAUAUAUUUUAUUUUUUUUUACUCAUUUAGUUUACAAUGUGAUAUUGUAGUGAUUUUUAAUAUAUUAUGUAUUUUUUUUUA